UCUUUCUGUAAACUCAGUUUCACAUAUGUUUCAUGUAUAGAUAGAGAAAAACUUUAUUUCAUUAUUUAUCUUUUUCAUAUGAAAUUCAUGAUCGAAGUGCUUAGGAGGAGAAAUUGUGAGUGUAAUUUAUAAACUGUCAGGAAGUUUUUGUCUGGUGAAAGUAAAACGAAGAGAAGGUUAACAAUAAUGUGAUUACGGAUUACAGAUUAUGUGAUUACAGGAGACUUGGAAUUGUUCUAUGUUUGAAAUGUCUGCGUUCAAACUUUUACGGAAAAAGUUUGCGCAACACAGUGAUGACGGAGCUAAAACUGAACCAAAGCUUCAGAAAGGGCCCAAAGUAGCACCUAAACCAAAACGUGAGAGCGAGGCGAAUCCAGUAACAAACAAAGGAGCAACUGGCAAGGAUAUGAAAGAAAAACCCAAAGAAAACCCAGUUCACAAGGAAUUAGUAAAUCUUAAACCACCGCCAGUGGAAAAGAAAAGAAUUCAUGUUACUGAAGAAAAGCAUGCAUUAAAGGAGACACCUAAAUCGUCAACUGAUAGAAAAUCCAGCCUCCCUGAGGAAAAAUUACAAGAACUGCAGGAAGCGUUUGUGUUAUUCGACAAAAAUCAGGACGGUAUGAUAACGAAGGAGGAACUAGGGGCGGUCCUUCACGCCCUCGGGCAGAGACCCACUGUCUCCGAGGUUCAGGCGCUUAUACACUCGGUAGAUUUAGAUAAGUCAGGGACAAUAGACUUUGAUGAGUUUGUGAAAAUUUUCUCUACGAAACUUUCAAUUGACCCAGAAAAGGAACUUCACGAGGUGUUCUGCAUAUUUGAUGAAAACGGGGAUGGAUUUAUUUCCUCAGAUGAAUUAUACUCCAUGCUGCAUAAACUCGGUGAACAUAUAACAAAGCACGAAGCUCAAAAGAUGAUCAACGAAGCUGACCUAAAUAGGGAUGGAAAAGUGGACUACAGAGAAUUCAAAGCCAUACUGAACGCAAGAUAGCGAACAGGAAGCCCGUGUCAUCAAGAUAUCUUUAAUGGAUGAUUGUUUGUGGUGAAGCUUAGAAGCAGAUGUAUAUAAAUUAUGUACUAGCGCCUCGUAAUAAAACAUGCGAAAACUGUGCAUACAGUUUUUUACCAUUUACUAUCGACUUUUAUCGCCAGUGUAUUGCAAUCAUAAGUAGUCAUAUUUUGUUUGUGGAAUCUGGAGGACAAUUUUUGUUGUUUCAGUACUGGAAAAUGAACAGAUGUAAAUAUUCUUUAGAAUAACUGACUUUUAUACUAUUGCAUGGACUGUAUGUCCAUCUUCCAUUAGUAAUAUCAGAAGCGUGACAAAAACCAGACAGAGUUCGAAGUAAAUAUUGGACAACUUUAACUUCUCCGGAUCACAAGUUAUACGAAGGAUGACAGAUAUGCGAUGCUUAUCAUUAGGACUUUCACGGAAUUUAUGCCACUUUGUCUAAGAUCGAAGUAUACAUCUUUUUUUAUGUUCAUGUAUCUGACUGCUAUCGUUUUCAAUACAGAAGUCACUGACCAGUUACAAUGAUUGACAAACGAGCUGCGAAUACGAGAGAAUAAGGUCCUGAAUAAUAAUGUCAUGGUAUAGGACUUGAAUAUUUAAACGAGGAGAAAAUGUGCAGCAAGACCGGGACUGGAACCCUGGGCCUCGGAAUACCGUUCCAAUGCUCUACCGACUGAGCUACCCCGUUUUAAUAUUUAAAUCGUAUACCGCAACGCCAACAACAAAGUCUUACGACAUUUUGAUCAGGAUCCAUGCUAUUCGCUUUCAAAGCCUGUUACAAUUAGAGAAACCAUUAGCAAACAGCAUGGAUCCUGACCAGACUGCGCGGAAACGCAGGCUGGUCUGUAUCCAGGCUGGUCGCAAACGCAUUAUGUUGGUUUGCUCAUGAUGCGGCUACCAUAAAAGUCAGUGAUUAUAUAUCAUACAAGACGCAAGAUAUGUCAUUCGUGACAUAGCACGUGUCCCAAAUACUUCAUCAUCAAACUUCUAUUUUAUUAUUUGAUUGAGUGACAUCUAUUGACCGAAGAAUAAGAAAAGGCUUUUGUUAAUACGGCCAAAAAAAAAAAAUGCACCAAAACCCGAAAUUUACAAAUGCAGGAACGAAAAAGAAACACUGGCUCUUUAUUUAAACUUAAAUGAAGUAUGAUACAAAAGAAAAGGCUUAGAUAUUCUGUAUGUGAAUGUUUCAUCAGGUACCUAGUGUGGUGUAUGAUUAGACUUUUCAUAGCGUCCAAAAACUGCUUCCUUACAUGUUCGGCAUUUGCAGGACUAUGUCCCAUCAAAUAUUAAGGGUAAGACUUGAAACAGUAACAAUUUUCCCAGUUAUUUGUUUCUCUGAACAUGUGACCACUGUGCCAUCUUUGCAGAUAUUUUUUGCAGAUGUCUUCAACAGUUUUUCCAAGGUAUACCCAGAUCAGCCCUAUCACAACGUGUAAAAAAUAACUCGCAGUACUUAUAAAAGUGUUGAAGUAGUCGUCCUAUAGCAGUACAUUUCGAGGGCUCAGAGCGAAACUAGUCUAAGUGUAUAUAGAAAUAGAAGCAGAUAGACUAGUUUCGCUCUGAGCCCUCGAUUUCUAAUACCGGCGUUUAUAUGAUUAUGCUUUGUAGGACCACAUUCGUAUCAGAUCGCAUUUGUUACAAGUGUUACAAAUGCGAUCGCAUAUGUAACAGGUGUUACAAAUGAGGUCGUAUAUGUAACAGAACUUAAGCGCAUAUGUAACAAUUUUUAAGACGAAUGCCUAUUUUUGACGUGACAUCUGAUCACAUUUGUCACAUAUCAUUUUCGAUCGGAGAAAUGAACAAAAAGGUGCAUUUUCACAUCUGAAACACAUUUGUAACAUGUUUUAGCUCACUUGUACGAAGUGACAAAGAAAGAUAUUGUGAUCGCCCUUUGUACGUCGUCCGUCGUCAGUCCGUUCACAUUUUUCGUGUGAAUACGAUAGAGACAACAUUUAUUAUCUGAUUUUGACAAAACUUGCUCAGAAGUUAUAUAUAUACCUAUUAUAUCUCGGUUCCUUUCGAAAACUAGCCAUAUCACCUUAUUUGUCUUGGAGUUAUGGCCCCUGAGAUGACAAUAAUUACUGAUUUUAGCCAGGUGUAUUUUCUUUAAAUCUCAUAGACAUUAGUUCGCAGCACAAGGUCGGGCCCUCCUAGACAUAAGGCUAACGACUCCGUCCAUGACAAGUUGUAUAUAAUUUGUCCCAGGACAUGGCAACGUCCUGUUUGUCACCCAACUUGAAACAGCUCUAGAAGACGAAAGGAAACUAAAUAUAUAUGUCGCCACCGGGAUCGAACCAGUGACCUGAGCAUGUGGGUCUACAUUUCAGCUAGUCGAGGUAACAGUAGAAGUAGCUGAAGUUAUAAUCAUAUUAUAGUGGUAGUGGCAGUGGAUGCAGAUAUGAUAAUAAAAAUUGAGCCACGUCACGGGAAAAUUGGCAUUCGGACAUUUUUGUGAAUUUCCGGAAAGUGUAUAUUUAGACUGACCUGUGCAUUUAUGCAUCUGAAUUAGGGUCAGAAAAUUUCAUAUUCAGGUAGAAUAAGCCUUCUUUGAAAUAACAGCGAACGGUGUGGGCCCUGAUCAGAUUGCGCGGAUGCGCAGGCUGAUCUGGGCCCACACUGGUUGCAAAUUCUCAUGAUGCGGCUCAAAUAAUUUUAUGACGUCAUUGACAUCGACGACGACGACGCUAACUUUUGAUGGUGCUUAUGGCAGUCAUUUAUUGAUGUUGCGAUGACAACCAACUGAUUGAAUAUUUGCAGUAAAAAACUCAACAUGGUACAUAUGUGCUUCUCAUGUCAACCCCCAUGUUGGACAAACACACUCGUAACACAUCUUACCUGUUACGAAUGCGAUCGCAUAUGUACGAAAUCUGUUACAAAUGCGAUCUGUUACGAAUGUGGUCCUACAAUGCUUUAAUCUUAGAUGUACACAAAGAAUGAAAAAUGUCAUAUGUUUAUGAUAUAUGUUGUUUAUGUAUAUAUAAAUGUUUAAUGUGUUGCUUCCAGGAUUGUAUGAUCAAAGUCUAUGUUACAUAUGUAUCAGUUGUGAAAUCUUAUAAAUCAUUACCUGCAAA